UGUUUUAAAAAAAUUAUUGUCAAUAAUUAAAAAAUAACUAAUGCAAAAAAAGGUUAGAAAACAAUCGACUUCAAUUUAUUGAAACUGCAAAACCUAAACUCCUACAAUUCCUCAUAUCACGUUCUUAUUUAAAAGAUAAAUCAUUUAAUCUAUAACUUCCAGUAAUGCCACGAUUUCAAUCAGUUUGAACUCUUUAUAUAACUUGCACCAACUAAUUCCAUCUCUCUUUUAUUUCCCGCCGUCUUAUCUUCUUCAUCUUCAUCUUCUUUGUUUUUGUUUUGAGCGUAGCAAAAAGUUCAUACAAGUUUAUGCCUUGCUUUUUUCAGAUUCAUUUUUUUCAAUUAAUACUCUCUGAUCCUUUUGAAGGUUUCAUGUUGAAGAUAAAACUCAAUAUACUAACAGAAAAACAGAGCUUAGUUCGACUGAGGUAACAACAAGUAUAUAUAUGAAGCGACUAUAUACAAAUUAGGUAUUUACAAAUCUAUUUAUUAUGGUUUAAUUAUUUUACAGAUAUGUUUUAUUAUAGAAAACAUAUUAGAUAUCUGUUUUUUUUUGUCUGAACAGAUCAGAAAUUUGUUUUUCUGGUGUCCACACAUAUAUUAUAAAUCUGUUUACGAGUCUUUUGUGUCACCUUAUGAGUCUAUUAUACACAAGAUAUAUCUCUUUUUCGUACAAAAUUAGAAGCGUUGCAUUCAAACACUGACCCAUAAAAAAUUGAAAACGUUAACACGAAAAUGGCUAACCGGUUUUAUGCUGAACUUCUAAUUUAGGUGUUCUGUUUAUCCAGUUCCAGAAAAUAUAACUAAUACAAUGUUUAUUUUGAUAAAAAUAACCAAAUAUUAAAAAGAAAUGUCCGCAGACACUGGUCCGUGUGUGUGUAGCAACUCUGAAUGAGGGAAGUGAGUUUUAUAAUAUGGAGUCUUGCAACUCUGAAUCAAAUCAGCGAGAGUUAUUAUGCUUUCAUUGAAGCUUCUUAAUUAGAUUAAAGAUUCUCGCUUUCUCAUUUUGCUGUGUUUUCAUAUGGUGGUGUGUUCAUAUGAAAAAUUUUCAGCAAAAUCACAAUUAAAAAAUAUAGCAUAAAUAUAUGUAUUGUUCAGUUUUGAAAUUACUAAAGUUUGCUGCAGCAUGUAUGGGAAAAAAUCUGAUUCAAAAAGAACAUAUGAGGGAUCAGAUAAAAUUUUGGAUAUAUAUGUUUUACAGUAAACUUGGCUAAGGUUGAACUUCAACACGAUGGAUUAGGUAAGUAAGAUAUGCACAACCUUUGACAUUUAGAAUUUAAAGUGAAAAUAUUUACUUUAUAGUCCUUAAAAAUAUUAGGGCCAUUAAUAAUUACACCAAAAAAGUUAGGGCCGUAAUCUUUAAUGCAAAAAAAAAAAUAUUUUUGACCAUAUAAUUUGAUGAAUGUGGGUUAGUCAAAAUCUUCUGUUAACUCAAAAAUAAAUUUUAAUUUCUAAAUAUUUUUCUGUAAUUAAUUUUGAAAUUUCUGAGGUUCUUGUUAUCGGAUAGUUGUAACAGUUAUCUAAAACAUUAAAAUAGUAUAUUUAGUUACAAUAGUAUUUUUCCUGAAAGAUUUUAAGUAAUAGUUAAAAAAACUGUAUUCUUUUUAAUAAUGCAAAAUAAAUUUUGUUGAUGAAAAAAAGCAAAAAAAAUUUGUAAACUUUUUAUUUUAUUUUUAAUGUAAAAAAUCAAACAAACUAUCAAAAUUAAUGUUGGUUUAUUUUUCUAUAAGUGUAUGCUUUCCAAAAACAAGUUAGGUAAUUAACCAUGAAAUGACAAUAGAAUUGUUAUUGUAAACUACAAGAAAAUAAAUAGCAGUAAAUUUAAUAGAUUCAUUGCAUCUAAAUUUACAUUAUGCUAAGUUAAGUAUUUGUAUUCUGUAUGAAAUUAGUGAAAACAUUUUAUGGAUCAAAUAAAGUAUUUUAAGUAUAUAAUACGUUUUAUGUACUUUUUUGAAAAUAAUACAAACAUGUAUCUAAUUUAUAAUGAUAUCAGACUUGUUGCUUUACCCCUUUCAACGGCUUUGAUUCAAAGCAAGCACCUCUAAUUUAUGUGCAACUGUUCAUAUACUAUUUCAAAAUGAGAAUUUAUUGUGAUUGAAAAUUAUGACAAAAAUCAUAACAUUUUAAAAAGGUAAAUUGAUCCGUGCUUAGCACGGGGGGUUAAUACUAGUAAGUUCUAAUCUAGGAUAUUUUUAGAAACUCUAUUACUUAGCUGUCAAACUAUAAGCGGUUGUAAUUAAAAAAAAUUAAAUUUACAUAUUUAAUAAAAAAUAAUAAACUAAUAUUAAUUUUUAUCAGAGAAACUUAAUUUGAGAACCUAAUUGAUAAGGUUGGUCUUAAAUAUGUGACAAAAUAAUAAAGCUGUCAUUAUUUAUUAAAUAUUUGACCAAAGAAUAAAAAUAUAUAAUUUCUAGUAUAGUCUAUUAAAAUUAAAAAAAAUGAAUCAAAAUUAAAUCUCCAAUGCUAAGAUUUAUAGAAGGGUAUUUCAAAAAUUAAAUAAUAGAAAUGGAAAGUAUAAAAGAGAAGUAAAAUAUUUUGGGGAAUAACUCAAAUGAAAACUCUUGAAAUACUUUCUAGAGAUAUUUGAAACCAUGUGUCAACAUAUUGAUUAUAUUAAUUCUUACAAAAAAAAAAACUAGUUAUUUAAGAUAUUCAUCUGAAGAUACUAAGAAUGUUCAAAGUGCCUUAUGGCAAAAUCGUAUUUUUUUAUGAGACGGAUUUCAUAGUAAUUAUAUUAUAACGUUCUUUUAAGUUCUUUUGAUAACAAAAGAUUUAUAAAUUCAAUAAGCAUCAAAAAUAAAUCAGUAAUGAAAAAACAAGAGAUAAUUCUUUAUGGAAAUAGAAAGUGGUUUAUAUUUGUUGACAAAAAGAAAGUUUUCUUCUAAAACUAGUUUAUAUAAGCGGCUUUUGUGUGUUCUAGGGUUCUAUCAUGGCAGCCAUGGAACCGUCACCAACACGUGACCUAGCUCACGACCAAAACUCUCCAAAAAACAUUCCAUUUGACUUAAUUUUUGAGAUACUCUCGAGACUUCCUGCCAAAUCCAUCAUCAGAUUCCUAUCAGUAUGCAAGCUCUGGUACUCUACCAUCCGUAGCAAAGAUCUCGCAGACUCUUUCCUGAUUCACUCAAAGACUCGACCACGUCUACUUUUCACCUUCAAGCACUUCGACUCCCGGAAACGUUUCAUCUUCUCAGCUCCUGAACACGGCACGGAGGAAAACUCAUCCACAGCCAGACACGACAUGACAAUGUCGGACCUCGUCUACUACAUCAAAUCUCUCCCUGUGAACGGCCUGAUAUGCUGCACGCGUGGUUCAUCGAUAGCCGUUUGUAAUCCCACCACCAGACAAAUCUUGAAACUGCCUGAUGUUACACUCAACGAAAGAGACAUGUACGCACGUCUCGGUUACGAUCCUGUCCAAGACCAGUACAAAGUCUUGUGUGUGAUGAUGCAUGACGGGUUUGACAGCCGCACAAAAGACAAUAUAGAGCAGGAGCAUUUCGUUUUCACAUUGGGAUGUCAACAACAAGAGUGGAGAAAGAUUGAGUUCAUCGACGUCGGAGAUCCUUACACGGAUGUCAAAGGAGGGAUUUGCAUCAGUGGUGGUAUAUAUUACGUAAUUGGACAUAAAAAGAUAGCUAGGUUCGAUGUUAGAUCCGAGAAGGUGGAGCUUAUUAACGCACCACAAGAAGAUAUGUUAAACGAAGAGGAUAUCAAAAAAGUAAUCGUUUACCAUAGCUCAGACGAUAUCACAACCAUAAACGCUCACUGUUGGACUCUUGUAAACCACCAAGGUAAGUUAGGAGGAACGGAUUAUAAGGAGUUCUAUCUUAUGCGUUUGUGGAUUCAUGAAGAGGAAGAUGAAUCAUGGAACAUCAUGACUUGCGAUGUGCCUACGGAGUGGGGAGAUUUGUUUAGAGACAAAGGACUGUCUUCUACGGGAGAUAUUCAUACAGGAGAAGUUAUGUUGGUGUCUGAUACGUUGGAGUCAUCUAAGCCUUUCACUGUUUACUAUUACGACAUGAUCAGAGAGAGUUUCAGAAGUGCAACAGUGGAAGGUAUCGCGGAUAGUGAGUUUAGACGUGGUAUCCACGGUUUUGGUAAGCGUAAUCGUGAUAUGUUGUGUUUUCCAGGUCACAUUGAGAAUAUCAUGUUCUUCUAACUCUAGUACUCUUGGUUGUUCAUGAGCUUCUCAUUUCUUUUAUUGAUCAUUUGCUUCUAGUUUUAAGGUUGGACCUAAGAUUUUGAGGCCAUAAACAUUUUAAUAAACUUUUUUUUACAA